AUGGAGGGCGCCACCCUGCGCUGCGACAGCCGUCUUUGGCCUCUCCACCGUCGCGAUGGCAGUCUCCCUCACCAGGCUCUCUCAUGGAGAAGAUGUCACACAUCUACCUCGCAUUCGACGGUGCCGAGGCUUUCCCCAGGGGGCGGCGGGGUUGGCGGGGUGACCGGGGAGAAGGCGACUUGCUUCGCCUUGGCCUGCAGCCUACUCAGCCGCUACGGCAGGCAGAACGGCGCCGCCACCGCCGAUCUCGGCCUCGCCAUCAGAGGUGAAGCACUUCUUGCCUUCAAGAAGGAAGCUACAAAUUCAGAUGGGUCGCCUCAUGGUUGGAGAUCAAGUUGUGCCUGCCUGACUUCACUGGAUCUCAGGGUUCAGAACAACUUCAUGGAUGCGUACAGGCUGUUGGGCAUUCGUGAGCUUGUGGACAAGUUCUUGGAACUAAUUUUGUGGAUGAGGUUGAAGAACCUUGCGCUGAAGGAUAAAACAGAAUACAUUCAUGAUGGAGACAGACACUAG